GAGAGAGAGAGAGAGACGCGGACACUCCCAGACAGAGUCAGAGAGUCAGUGGAAGUGCACAAGCCACUUCUUCUCUCCAGAGCGGCAUCUCACUCUCAUCAGCAUCCUCUCCGCAGGUUCGGCAUCGCAGCUGAGAGACGCUUACAGUUCCAGGAUGUUCUACUUCCACUGUCCGCCCCAGCUGGACGGAGAGUGCUGUCGCUCCAACACAUUGAAUUCGAGCGGCUUUGGAAACCACGCCCCGGCGGAUUUUGAUGAUGGGUUUCUUCGCAGGAAACAGCGCAGGAACAGAACAACGUUUACUUUGCAACAGCUGGAGGCUCUGGAGGCGGUGUUCGCCCAGACCCACUACCCGGACGUGUUCACCCGCGAGGAGCUGGCCAUGAAGAUCAACCUGACCGAGGCCCGGGUGCAGGUUUGGUUUCAGAAUCGCAGAGCAAAGUGGAGGAAGACGGAGCGUGGGAGCGGAGACCCUGAAGGAGGGAAGGAGCAGAUGAGCGAGGGCGCUCCUCCGUCUCGGAGCCUCAACUCUCAGUCCCCAGUGGACCAGAGCAGAAAACAGAAAGAACCACUGGAGAUGCAGCAGAGCAUCAACAGGACGGUGGGUCCUGGUGGUCCCUUCUUCCCAUCUUGUUUACCAGGGACCCUGCUCAAUUCUGCCACGUACGCCCAGGCGCUCUCACAGGUCGCCACACUGAAAGGUAACGGCUUGUGCUCCUGCUGCGUUUCUGACCCCAUGGGUCUGUCCUUCCUGCCGCCCUACGGUUGUCAGGGCAACCGCACCGCCAGUGUGGCCGCCCUGCGCAUGAAGGCUCGCGAACACUCGGAGGCGGUGCUGCAGUCCGCCAACCUGCUUGGUGCGGCGACUGGGCCCGGUGCUGGCGUGGGAGUCCUGUCCGGCGUCGGGGUGGUGAGGCCUGCGCUGGGUCCUGCCAUCGAGGUGGGAAGAGGAGGGGACAGCUCCAGUCCCAGCCCGGCCGCCAAGGUGCCAGUGCUGGGCGGCACUCCCGACAAACACCCUCAAUGCUCCAAGGAUCCACUGGAGAAAAAGUGAGGCGCUGGACCUAAACAUGGAUACUCAAAAUCUGCGUGAUUGUGCCUGCCCCUUCUACUCCACUUGACUCUACUCUGUUUGUACGAGCAGCUAAGCACAACUACCGACUGACUCCAGACACAGCCGGGGGGAAAGACUUUUGCUCAUAUCCCAGUGUGUGCGGAUGCAAACAAUAAAUAUUUAUUUGACAGUAAAUUAUUAUUGUUUGUGAGAAAUUCUGAAUAUUUGGGGCCUUGUUAACCCCAGUUAAAGCACAAGUGUGGUUCUGGAUCUAUAUUUGUCUUCAUGCACUCUUGGACUGUGUUUGAUGGACUAACAUAGCCACAACGUGUGUGUGUGUGUGUGUGUGUGUGUGUGUGUGUGUGUGUGUGUGUGUGUGUGUGUGUGUGUGUGUGUGUGUGUGUGUGCAAAAAUACCUAUUUGAUAAUGUGAAUAUACAUAAUCCUGAUUACAGUUCCUCUUGUUUUCUUAAAAAGGACAAAUGCUUACAAAUGUGAAUGUUCAUGCAUGUAAACUGUAAGAGUGGAACAUGUGGCAGGAUUUUGCAGUGAGUGUUGGCAAUACAAUGUUUACGCCGUCAGGUCAGAAAUGGGCUCAAUCAAUCGUCUAUCAUUCUCUUGAUUCUUAAAGUGAAAGUGCACUUUACUAUUAAUCAGCCCCCUUUUUCAGUGUAAAUGUGUGCAUGUGCCAGAAUACAGUGUGUCCGUGUGUGAACCCCGGGGAAGGGGGAAGCAGACUCGGCGACAGAGCAGCGGUCGUCCCUUCCACUCUGUUAGCACAUCUGUAGCGCCGGCAGACAGGGGAACACGCCAGUCCUGUUGUGACAUGUUCUUUAAAACAAUUAAAGAUGUAGUCGCUCAUGUUCCUCUCCUGUUGCCUCUCGCUCAAGCCAUCUGUUCUUAUACAUUAUUUAUCAGCUUCCCUUAAAGCCGGGAGAGGAGAGCAAUCGGGACUCUUAUUAUUUAUUUACUUUUAGGAACGCUUUGCCCCCUCUCGUCCUCGCUUCCUCUCCGAGCAGGUUUUUAAACCCCAUUAAACAUGAUAUAUGCUAUUUAUUAAUAUUGAAUUUACAUUUAAAAAAAAUGUAAUCUAUCAUCACCUCUGGGCUCUUCACACAGGAGUUCAUCACAGGCAAUACAUUUCGUGAUUCACUAUUCCUAAAUAUCUCUCCUCACUAGAAUGACCCUUGGACACGGGAUCAGCUGAUCAGACUGAGAAUACUUAACCGCAGAGCACACGACCAGUGUUGGGGCUGAUUCAAUUUGCGUCCUUGAGGAUUUUCAGGAAAUUACUUUUGAUAGUCAAUAACACAAUUAAGUAAACUACACAAACAUUAUCAUGAAUAAUUGAUAAGAAAUUAUGUAUUACCAUGAAGUACUGGUUCAAUAAUUGAUGAGGCGACACCCCGGUGACACAGAAGAGCGAGAUAAUGUCAGACAUCGUGCCAGGUUGGACACACAUCCUCCUUUUUCCACACCGUAAUGUGUGCAUGUUGUAAAUAAUACAAUACUUCAAUAAAUUGAUGCUUUCACUGA